UACUUUAAGCUGCGAGGCCUCGCACAGCCCAUUCGACUGCUACUGAAAUACACGGGAACUCCGUUUACGGACAAGUAUUACGAUGUCGACAGCGAUUUGAUUUCAUUUCGGGACGAAUGGUAUACCGAGAAGUUUACGUUAGGACUGGACUUCCCUAACGUUCCCUAUUAUAUCGAUGCGAACGUAAAGCUCACACAAAGUAUCGCUAUUUUGCGAUAUUUGGGUCGAAAACACGGUUUAGUGGCCAGGGAUGAGACCGGACUCGUGCGACAGGAUCUCAGUGAACAGCAACUCGUGGACUACAGAUCAGAGUUUGUGGAAAUUCGUGACAAAUUCAACGACAUCGAGGAGUCAACUAAAGACAAGUUUAUCACCGAAACACUUCCCCAUUGGUUGGAUCAGUUGUCAAAGUUCUUGGGCAGUCAUCAGUGGUUUGUCGGACAGACACUAACAUACGUCGACUUCUUGGGCUACGAAACACUCGAUCGGUUCCGACUGUUGAGUGCAGAGACCCUUAAGAAGUACCACAAUUUGGUUCAAUAUUUGGAUCGAUUUGAGAAUUUGCCACAAAUUAAGGCUUAUAUGAAGUCCAAUGAGUUUAUAAGUUGGCCACUGUUUGGACCACACGCUCAUUGGGGCAAGUUCAUUUUGAAGGGUAUUGAAUGGCAACACCGGUAUAAGGAUCUGGAUGUCGAGAGUCACACCGCGUACCGGGCGCUGAAUAACAUGGUCGCCCUACUCAUACAGUUCCGCAGCGUAUGCCUCAGCGACUUCAGGUGGUAUUCGCCCAAUAGGUUCGCCGACAAACUCAGACAUAAACGGUCGGACGUGUCGGUGGCUGUGAUUACCGGCGCUGAUGAUGAUGUCGGCAAAGAGACCGCUAUUAGUUUGGCUAAGUUAGGCGUUAAGGUAAUUAUGGGCGUAAACAGUGUAGAAGAGGGCCAUAAGAUUAUAGAUGAGCUUAAGACUGAAGACCAGGAGAUGGUGUUUGACGUGACCUUAUAA